AUGUCUAAGUCGGAGUGCAACGGAAGACCAUUGGGCUCUCCGGAGGCACCACCACGUACAGCAGCUGAGGCUUUUGUGGAAGCAACAGGCCAGGCCCUAGCAUGGACACUUACCAAUGAGGGUUCAGAUACUUUGGGCUCUACUGGCAGCAAUGCUCAGAAGAAGCGUCUGCAGCACAACAAGCAUAAGACCCAGGGCAUCAAUGUGGUGCACCGUUCACCACGAGCCCUCUUCUGUCUACACCUGAACAAUCCCAUCCGCAGGGCUGCUAUCAGCAUAGUAGAGUGGAAACCCUUCGACAUCCUCAUCCUUAUGACAAUCUUUGCCAAUUGUGUGGCCUUAGGAGUCUAUAUUCCCUUUCCAGAGGAUGAUUCCAAUAUCUCCAACCACAACUUGGAACAAGUGGAGUAUGUUUUUCUCAUCAUCUUCACAGUGGAAACUUUCCUCAAGAUCCUUGCCUAUGGUCUGGUCAUGCAUCCUAGCGCCUAUAUUCGCAAUGGCUGGAAUCUUCUUGAUUUUGUCAUUGUUGUGGUGGGUCUCUUCAGUGUUCUUCUGGAACAAGUCUCCCACAAGCCUGGGGAUGCCCAUCACAUGAGUGGGAAGCCAGGAGGCUUUGAUGUCAAAGCCCUGCGAGCCUUCCGUGUGCUGCGACCUCUGCGCCUGGUCUCUGGUGUCCCUAGCCUGCAUAUUGUCUUGAAUUCUAUCAUGAAGGCCAUGGUGCCCCUUCUGCACAUAGCACUACUUGUUCUUUUCGUCAUCAUCAUCUAUGCCAUCAUUGGCUUGGAGCUCUUCAUUGGUCGCAUGCAUAAGACCUGCUUUAUCAUUGAUUCAGAUCUGGAGGCUGAGGAAGACCCAUCACCUUGUGCUUUUUCUGGACAUGGUCGGGAAUGCACAGUGAACAACAGUGAAUGCCGUGGCAAGUGGGAUGGGCCCAAUGGUGGCAUCACCAAUUUUGACAACUUUUUUUUUGCCAUGCUUACUGUCUUCCAGUGCAUUACCAUGGAAGGUUGGACUGAUGUUCUCUACUGGAUGCAGGAUGCAGUGGGGCAUGAACUACCUUGGCUUUAUUUUGUCAGCCUUGUCAUCUUUGGCUCCUUCUUUGUGCUCAAUUUGGUUUUGGGUGUGUUAAGUGGGGAAUUCUCUAAGGAACGAGAGAAGGCAAAAGCCCGGGGCGACUUCCAAAAGCUACGAGAGAAGCAGCAGAUGGAGGAAGAUCUGAAGGGCUACCUGGAUUGGAUCAUGCAAGCAGAAGACAUAGAGCCCGAUGAGGAAAAAGAGGAGGCAAAUGAGAAGCAUACCUACAUUACUGUGGCAGACCUGAUGGAGAAGAAGAGGAGGAAGAAAUGGUUGAGACAUAGCAGUCAUUCCACCUACAGCCACACCAGUCUUCCUGCCAGUGAAACUACCUCGGUCAAUACGGAGAAUGUUGGAGAUGAAGAGCACCUUCAGAACAACUGCUAUGAUGUGUGUUUAGGAAAGCUCUCCAAGACCAAGUUCUGCCGCCAAGUCCAGCGUAUCAACCGACUUUUCCGGAAGAAAUGUCGCUUGGCCGUCAAAUCUGUCUCUUUCUACUGGAUGGUCCUGCUCCUUGUGUUUCUGAAUACCCUCACCAUUGCUUCCGAACAUUACAAGCAGCCUAGCUGGCUCACCCAGAUCCAAGCUUAUGCUAACAAAGUAUUAUUGUCACUGUUCACCCUGGAGAUGCUGCUGAAGAUGUACAGCCUAGGCCUCCAAGCCUAUUUUGUCAGCUUCUUCAAUCGUUUUGACUGUUUUGUGGUAUGCGGUGGGAUUUUGGAGACUGUCUUGGUAGAAUUUGAGGUCAUGCAGUCCCUUGGAAUUUCUGUGCUCCGCUGUGUCCGCCUCCUACGGAUCUUCAAAAUGACCAGGCAUUGGGCCUCACUGAGCAACCUUGUGGCUUCCUUGCUGAACUCCAUGAAGUCCAUUGCCUCCUUGCUUCUACUGCUGUUCCUCUUCAUUAUCAUCUUCUCCUUGCUAGGCAUGCAGCUCUUUGGUGGCAAAUUUAACUUUGAUGAGACUCAGACCAAACGCAGUACCUUUGACACUUUCCCCCAGGCCUUGCUAACUGUCUUUCAGAUACUGACAGGGGAAGACUGGAACUCAGUGAUGUAUGAUGGGAUCAUGGCCUAUGGCGGCCCCUAUUUUCCCGGCAUGCUAGUCUGCAUCUAUUUCAUCAUUCUCUUUAUUUGUGGCAACUAUAUCUUACUUAAUGUCUUCUUGGCUAUUGCAGUGGACAAUCUUGCUGAUGGAGACAAUAUCAAUUCCUCCAAGGAAAAGAAACGCAGAGAGAAAGGGACACCAGCAGAGGGGGAACAGAACAAAGAGAGAGAGAAGAAAAAUGAGAAGAUAGAAUGUGGUGAGGAAGAGGAGGAGGGUGCUGUAGAGGAAGGCAGUGAAGACGCAGGUGAGGAAGAAGAGGAAGAAGAUCAGCAGAGCUUGGCAGAGUCCCAUCUAGACAAACUGGAAGACACUCCCAAGGAGAAAGUGUUACCAAUUCCUGAUGGAAGCUCCUUUUUUUGCCUUAGCAAGACAAACCCCCUUCGUGUUGGGUGCCACAAGCUGAUCCACCAUCAUAUCUUCACCAAUCUCAUCCUUGUCUUCAUCAUUCUUAGCAGCAUCUCUUUGGCAGCUGAAGAUCCCAUCCGGGCUCACUCCUUCCGCAAUAAUAUUCUGGGCUACUUUGACUAUGCCUUCACAUCUAUCUUCACUGUUGAGAUCUUGCUCAAGAUGACCGCUUAUGGUGCCUUCCUGCACAAGGGCUCAUUCUGUCGGAACUGGUUUAACCUCCUGGAUCUGCUUGUUGUCAGUGUCUCGCUCAUCUCUUUUGGAAUCCACUCCAGUGCCAUCUCUGUGGUGAAGAUCUUGCGGGUACUGAGGGUACUCCGUCCUCUCCGAGCCAUCAACCGAGCCAAAGGGCUGAAGCACGUGGUACAAUGUGUGUUCGUAGCAAUCCGCACCAUUGGAAAUAUCAUGAUUGUCACCACCUUGCUGCAGUUCAUGUUUGCUUGCAUUGGCGUUCAGUUAUUCAAGGGCAAAUUCUACAGCUGCACAGAUGAGGCCAAGCAUACCCCAGUUGAGUGCAAAGGCACAUUCAUUGUGUACAAGGAUGGAGAUGUGGCUCACCCAAUGGUGCGUGAGCGCAUCUGGUUCAACAGCGACUUCAACUUUGACAAUGUGCUGUCGGGCAUGAUGGCCCUCUUCACUGUCUCCACUUUUGAGGGAUGGCCAGCACUCUUGUACAAAGCUAUUGAUGCCAAUGCAGAAAACCAAGGACCCAUUUACAAUUACCGGGUGGAGAUCUCCAUCUUCUUCAUUGUCUACAUCAUCAUAAUUGCCUUCUUCAUGAUGAAUAUCUUUGUGGGCUUUGUCAUCAUCACUUUCCGGGCCCAAGGGGAACAGGAAUACAAAAACUGUGAGCUGGACAAGAAUCAGCGGCAAUGUGUGGAAUAUGCCCUGAAGGCUCAACCCUUAAAGCGCUAUAUUCCAAAGAACAAGUAUCAGUACAAAUUCUGGUACAUGGUCAACUCCACUUGUUUUGAAUACAUCAUGUUUGUACUCAUCAUGCUCAACACUAUUGCUUUGGCUGUACAGCACUAUGAACAGUCAGAGCCCUUUAAUUAUGUGAUGGAUCUGCUCAAUAUGGUGUUCACAGGCCUCUUCACUAUCGAAAUGUUGCUGAAGAUUAUCGCCUUCAAGCCCAAGCACUACUUCGUUGAUGCAUGGAAUACCUUUGAUGCUCUGAUUGUCGUUGGGAGUGUAGUAGACAUUGCUGUUACUGAAAUCAAUAGUUCAGAGGACAGUUCCCGUAUCUCCAUCACCUUCUUCCGCCUUUUCCGUGUGAUGCGCCUGGUCAAGCUGCUCAGCAAAGGUGAGGGUAUCCGUACCCUCCUCUGGACCUUCAUCAAAUCUUUCCAGGCUUUGCCAUAUGUGGCCCUCCUCAUUGCCAUGAUUUUCUUUAUCUACGCUGUCAUUGGCAUGCAGACCUUUGGCAAAAUAGCCAUGCAAGAUAAUACAGCCAUCAAUCGCAACAAUAAUUUCCAGACCUUUCCACAGGCUGUGUUGCUGCUUUUCAGGUGUGCCACAGGGGAAGCCUGGCAGGAGAUCAUGCUGGCCAGCUUGCCUGGCAAGCGCUGUGACCCUGAGUCCGAUUUUGAGCCUGGGGAGGAAUUCACUUGUGGCAGCAACUUUGCCAUUGUCUACUUCAUCAGCUUCUUCAUGCUGUGUGCCUUCCUGAUCAUUAACCUCUUCGUUGCUGUCAUCAUGGACAAUUUUGACUAUCUCACCCGGGACUGGUCCAUUCUGGGUCCCCACCACCUCGAUGAGUUCAAGAGGAUCUGGUCAGAAUAUGAUCCAGCUGCCAAAGGUUACAUCAAGCAUCUUGAUGUGGUGACCCUAUUGCGCCGGAUACAGCCACCUCUGGGUUUUGGGAAGCUCUGUCCCCACCGAGUAGCCUGCAAAAGGCUGGUGGCCAUGAACAUGCCACUGAACUCAGAUGGAACUGUCACUUUCAAUGCCACCCUCUUUGCUCUGGUGCGUACAUCGCUGAAGAUCAAGACAGAAGGUGACCUGAAUAUCGCCAAUAAGGAACUCCGCUCUGUCAUCAAAAAGAUCUGGAAGCGGACCAAACCUAAAUUACUGGAUGAAGUGAUACCCAUUGCAGAAGGGGAGGAGAUCACAGUAGGAAAGUUCUAUGCCACAUUCCUGAUCCAAGAUUAUUUCCGUAAAUUCCGUAAGCGGAAGGAAAAGGGGCUGCUCGGAUCAGAUGGGUCCCCAAGCAACUCCUCUGCCUUGCAGGCUGGACUGAGUUGCUUACAAGAUCUAGGGCCUGAGAUCCGCAGAGCAAUGUCCUGUGACCUGGAAGGAGAAGGGGAGGAAGAAGCUGAGGAAAAAAUCAGUGAAGAAGAGACAGUCAUCUACAAGAGUUCUGAGUUGUAUGGCAAAGCCCCUGACCACCAUAUCUCAGUUACUGGGACUUCAACAGAACAAGAAGACAAGACUGUGGUGAAUAGCCUUGUGGCUUCUCAGCACCUCUCUAGGAGCAGCCCCUCCCAUGUGACAAAUGGGCUGAAGCCCUGUGAAGAGACCGUUAGUGGCAGUGAUGAGCCUGCUGACUUGCCUUUUGUUCCCAUCCAACGCAGGAUAAGCAGGCAGCGCUCCAGUGGCAGCUGCUUCCCACCAACAGUAGAAGAAGUAGUUAUCCACACUGAAGAUUAUGUGGAGGACACCUCAGCUGAGCAGGGAAACUACAGCCAGGAGGAAGACUCUGAAAUCCUGGCCCCCCGUGACAAGCAGUCUCGACUGCACAGCCCUCGGUCCCACCACCAUCACCGGCAGAAUGGUUAUGGGGGCUCGCUGCCCCUCCUCCCCCAUCGGGUCAACAGCAGACUCAUCAAAGGAAGACUGGAUGGCAGGCAAACCCAGCGCCGGCGCCUCUUGCCUGCCACUCCCACAGGCCGCAAACCAGCCUUCAGCAUCCAGUGCCUGCAGCGUCAAGACAGCUGCGAUGACAUCCCCAUCCCAGGCACCUACCACCAAAACGCACCCCUGGGCCGAACCCAUCUACAGGGCUACGGCAAGUACAGCUCAUGGCACAGCAGCAGCCGCUCCUCAGCAUCUUCCUUGCAGUCGUGGGCCACGCCUCCAAAACGGGGCCGGUUGCUCUAUGCUCCCCUGAUCCUAGUGGAGGAAGAGAGGAUGCCAGGAUACAGCUGGGAAAAGAACAGCAGCAGCCUUCCACCCAUGCCACAAGCCCACUGGUGCAGGAAUGAGCCCGAGCUGACCUGCCACACCUAUGGCAGCCUCCAGGUCCCAGGCCCACUCCGGCACAGCUCCGGCGGCAGGUGUGGCAGCGCAGACAGCCUGGUGGAGGCGGUGCUCAUCUCCGAAGGCCUAGGCCUGUAUGCACAGGACCCAAAUUUUGUGGCCUUUACCAAACAGGAGAUUGCUGAUGCCUGCCACAUGACUCUGGAUGAAAUGGAAAGCGCUGCCACGGACUUGCUGAGUCGCAAGUCUGCUGGUGGUGAUAGCAGCCGAGGGGGUAGAAGCCACCUUUUGUACAGCAGUGAUGGGGAACAUAGCGGAGCUGAGAGUCUAGGCCUUGCUUAUAGUGAUGAGGAAACUUUCCGUUCCCGUGAGGAAGAGGACUUGGCUGAUGAGAUGGUCUGCAUCACCACCUACUGACCAGGAAACGCCCCUCCCGGCAGGGCACAAAGAGUCAGUUGUGCAGAAGAACUGUCCAAAACAUUGCUAUGAUGGUUAUGGUUAUUUAAAAAAUAAUGGAGAUCCGGGCUAAGAAAUCAAAUGCUGCCCUCACAUUGGCUGUAGCAGAAACAGAUAUUAGAGACACUGAAUAAUGUGCUUUCUUGGUUUAGGGAGUCUGCUCACUGUCUUUCAGGCUUUGGCUCAUCCAAAAAUG